CUCAGCUGGGACAGCCCAAGAUCCACCUAUUUCAAGCUCAAUCAUCCCAAUGGAUCUUGAAUUUGGCUUGCACUGAAGAAAAGAAGAACAAGAGAUGGCAUUACUUCUCUGGAUUGCAUUUUGGGGCCUCAUCUGGAUGUCAGGAACUGAUGAGAUUUCUCCUGUUUUGCCAAAUUGUUCAGAAGCAAAGGAGGACUCCCUUCUUCCUUCAGUUAACAGGACUGUGUGUGGAAGAAGCCAACAUCUAAGAAGUGGUGGUUUGCAUAUGAUUAAACUGAACACUACGCACCAUCCCACUGGACUCUUGAAUGUUUCACAUAAUACUCGACAUCGUCCAUGUGAACAUACAAAGGGCUUUCUGACAUGCUUAUUACAAGAUCGUCUGCUUGCUCGUUUCAUUAUCUUCAUCUUCAUGCUUUGGCUUUUUGGGAACAGAACCAUUUUCUUCCUUCUCCUUUUCCGUAUUAAGAAGAAUUUCUUCACUGUCUACAUCUGGAACUUAGCUGUAGCUGAUUUCAGUGCCCUCUUAGUUUUGUGCAGUAUCUUCAUAUUCUUUUGCACUUGUGAGGAUUCAAGCGAUGCCUUUGUUAAGUUGUUUCUAUUACUGGCAUACUUAUUUCUCUUCAUGCAAGGUACUAGCAUGCACUUCCUAAUGUCUAUCAGCAUUGAUUGGUGUUUGGUUGUCCUCUUCCCAAUUUGGUACCAAUGCCACUGUCCUAAAUAUUUGUCUGUGCUUCUAUCUGCCAUUUUGUCUGUUCUUCUCUGGGCUAUGUCUUGCUGGCUAUUAUUGCUUUUUGAUUUGGGAGCUGACCCACAGACAAUCAUUAUCCUCUCUUUGAUGAUCUUUGCUCCGCUAAUGGUCAUCUCCACUCAGACACUGCUCAUCAAGAUUUGGUGUAACUUAUGUGAGCAAGGAAAACUCUGCACAGAAAUUUUGCUUGGGAUGUUUUUCUCCCUUGUUACUUGGGCACCCUUGAAUUUGUUCUUUGCCUUGCAACAUGAUUUUACAACCAUCUCCUCAUUGGCUUUUGUGUUCACUUCUCUGAGUGGCACCAUCAAUCCUGUACUUUAUAUCCUCAUUGGCCAAAUACUUCUGUCUGAUUCAGAAAGUCUAAUGUUGCCCUACAGGUGGUUUUCAAGGAGGAGAGGCAAUAUCCAUUAA